AUGUCCCCGCCGCCCUCUUCUUUCCUCCUCCUGCUGCUCCUGCUACUCGGAGGUAGCCCGGCCCGGGGGACCCCUGAGCCCCCGCUCCCAGCCGUGGUCAUCGCCGUGCUGGCUCGAAACGCCGGAUACUCCCUCCCGCACUAUCUUGGGGCUCUGGAGCGUCUGGACUACCCUCGGGCCCGCCUUGCCCUCUGGUGUGCCACCGACCAUAAUGUAGACAACACAACAGAGAUACUUCAGGAGUGGCUGGCUGCUGUGGGCAAGGAAUAUGCUGAAGUGGUAUGGCGCCCUGAAGGAGAACCAAGGUUGUACCCAGAUGAAGAGAGUCCCAAACAGUGGACCAAGGAACGUCACCAGUUCCUCAUGGAGCUAAAACAAGAAGCCCUGGACUUUGCCCGGGCUUGGGGGGCUGACUACAUCCUGUUUGCAGACACCGACAACAUCCUAACCAACAACCAAACCUUGAAGUUCCUGAUUGGGGAGGGUCUGCCAGUGGUGGCCCCUAUGCUGGACUCCCAGACUUACUACUCCAACUUCUGGUGUGGAAUCACCCCCCAGGGCUAUUACCGGCGUACAGCAGAUUACUUCCCUACCAAGAAUCGGCAGCGUCAAGGCUGUUUCCGAGUGCCCAUGGUACACUCCACCUUUCUGCUGGCCCUUCAGGGUGAGGGCGUUGACCAACUGGCCUUCUAUCCCCCUCAUCCCAACUAUACGUGGCCCUUUGAUGACAUUAUUGUCUUUGCCUACUCUUGCCAGGCUGCGGGUGUUUCAGCCCACAUUUGCAACCAGCAUCGUUUUGGGUAUAUGAAUGUUCCAGUCAAAUCACACCAGGGGCUGGAAGAUGAGAAGAUCAACUUUAUCCAUCUGAUUUUGGAGGCUCUGGUGGAUGGCCCUCCUAUGCAGCCUUCAGCCCAUGUGUUCCUGCCCCCGAAAAGGCCCAACAAAAUGGGGUUUGAUGAGGUUUUUGUCAUCAGUCUAGCCCGUCGGCCUGAACGUCGACAACGAAUGCUGAGCUCCCUGUGGGAGAUGGAGAUCGCCGGGCAAGUACUGGAAGCUGUGGAUGGCAGUGCACUCAACAGCAGCACCAUCAAAAGCCUGGGUGUGGACCUUCUCCCCGGCUACUAUGACCCCUACUCGGGCCGCACGCUGACCAAGGGCGAGGUGGGCUGCUUCCUCAGCCACUACUCCAUCUGGGAGGAGAUGGUCACUCGGGGCCUGGAAAGGGUUGUGGUGUUUGAGGAUGAUGUCCGCUUCGAGGCCGGCUUCAGGAGGCGACUGGAGCGGCUGAUGGAGGAGGUGGCCCAGGAGCAGCUGCAGUGGGACCUGAUUUACCUGGGGCGCAAGCAAGUUACCUGGGAGGAGGAGCCGGCUGUGGAAGGGGUGCGCCACCUCGUGGUGGCCAACUACUCCUACUGGACUCUGGCCUAUGCUCUGUCUCUAAGUGGGGCUGGGAAACUGCUGGCUGCCCAGCCUCUGGGCAAGAUGCUUCCUGUGGAUGAGUUCCUGCCCAUCAUGUAUGACCGGCACCCAAAUGAAGACUACAAGGAGCACUUCUCCCCACGAGACCUGAGGGCCUUUGCUGUGAGGCCCCUGCUGGCUUUUCCCACCCACUAUGCGGGGGAUGCUCAGUGGCUGAGCGACACAGAGACGUCCACCAUCUGGGAUGAUGACACUCGGGCCACUGGUUGGAGUGGCUCUCGAAAGACCCUUAGGGACCCGAGGCUGGACAGGGUGGGCAGCAGUGGACACAGUUUCCAUUCCACUUCUCACGAUGAGCUCUAGCUGAGGGGGUUGACUGUGGAUCAAUGAGUGAGCCUCCACAAGCAGAGGAAACACAAAGGUCUCUAGCCAGGAGCCAGGAGCAGCUGGAAGAAAUCACGGCUUCCUUCCCUAGGUCCAGGGGAGAGAGAUCGUUGCUGUUCCUUUUGGUGUUUCCUUUCCUAUGUCAAGACCAGGGCCAUUGCCACUGUGAUUCCCCACUUCCCUUUCCCAGAACCACUCCUGCUCCCCACCGAGGUGCUAGGGCCAGCGAGCUGCUAGCCAGCCGCCUGCUCUUUUCGACAGAAGGUAGAUGGGAACGGAGGCCCAGAGAAUCUCUCUCUUAAGGUCACACCCAUACACCCACACCACUUUAGCCUCAAUGCUCAAGGAUCUUCCCCAAUGAGUGUAAGGAGAGGCAAAACCCUGGGAUUCUGGGCUGACUUGCUAGAGCUUAGAGCUAUCCCCUUUCCCUCUCUCACGCCGUCCCCUAUGCCUCUUCCUCUGAAGAGAGAGCUGAGGAAAGGAAUGGGAUUUGGAAAUCUCCCAGGCUGAGGAGGCUACAGAAGAAACAAAGACUAGGAGCCUGAGGUUGGCAACUAAGCUCCCCACUACCACUGGGCAGCAGGAUAGAACAUUGGCGAAUGGACACCAUAACCCUGGAUCAGCAGUAGCAAGGCUGAAUGGCCCCUUUUCAGGUAUCUGAUUUUACCAGCACCUGGGAAACCCUCUCCACCUCCUUUCUUCAGCUCCUUCCGGAGGCCAUUGCCGACAGAGGACAAGUUAGGUGCCUAAAAGGGCCCAAUCCCAAGAAAGACAGAAGGAUCCAGCCCAGACCUUGCAAUAAAUAAAUGUUCGCACUUUACACUUUGCCUCUACCUUGUCACGUGUCUGAUGUUUGGUUCUAAAGGAAGAGUAAUGAUGGUUAACUUCCUUUAACAGAUGAAGAACUCGGGGUGCAU